GCGGAAACGGCAGCGCGGACGGAAAUACCAAGAAACUACGGUCCAAAAAAUAAGUUUCAACAAGACCUGAACCGAGUUUACGUUCAGAAUGUUAUUCGUCACCCUUUUUGUCCUUUUGGGGGCAAAGAUGACGGUGUACUGCGAAAAGCACUCCCUGACCUACAUCUACACGGCCUUCUCCAAACCCGUGGAUCUCCCGGGCUUCCAUGAGUUCACGGCCAUGGGUCUGCUGAACAACAAGAUGAUUGACUACUACGACAGCGAUGAGCAAAAGAAAGUUCCCAAACAGUCGUGGAUGAAGGAGAAUCUUGAGCAGGAGUACUGGGAUAAAGGAACACAGUCCAGGAGAAGCAAGCAGCAGUGGUUCAAGGUCAACAUUGACAUUUUGAUGAAGCGACUCAGACAGAAUGACACGGAUACCCAUGUUCUUCAGUGGAUGCAUGGCUGUGAGGGUGAGAGUCAGCCUGAUGGCACUGUAAAAUUCGUCCGUGGCAUGGACAGGUACAAUUAUGAUGGAGACGACUUCCUGUCCUUCGACGAUGGCAACCAAAUCUGGGUCGCCACAAACAAUGCAGCAGAAGAAACCAAGAGAAAGUGGGAUGGUGUCCAGGUCCUGAAGGAAUACACUAAAGGUUACCUGGAGAAGGAGUGUAUGGACUGGAUGGGCAAGUUCAAACGCUAUGGACAAGCUCAGCUUAUAAAAGCCUCUCCGCCUACAGUGCACUUGUUCACACGUAAGUCCAACGUUGCGACAAACGUUAUCUUGACAUGCCUGGCCACAGGCUUCUACCCAAAAGAUAUCAGCCUGCAGAUCAAAAGAAACGGCUACGUCCUAACCAAAGCGGAUGGACUGGAGUCAUUCGGGGUUCGUCCCAAUGAAGACGACACUUUCCAGAGACGAGACUAUGUUGAGAUUUUGACGUCUGAUGUUUCCACUUACACCUGUGAAGUCAUUCACGCUGCCUCAGACGUGCAUGUUGUAAAGCGUUUGGACACCACUCAACUAAACAAAGGUGGAACGUCAGUCCUCGUCAUUGUUGGUGUUGCUAUAGGAAUCGUGGUGCUGAUAGCAGCCGUUGUGGUGACUAUUGUGUAUAAAAGGAGUGAAUGUAAAGAACGUUGCAAAGGUGCUGCGGGGUCUGACUCAGGGUCUUCUGAUGGAAAAACCAGUAGCACACAAGACAGCAACGGUUCAAAUGGCACUCUCAGCAGCGAGUCUAGCGUUGGUUACAAAAGCUCUUGCGACAGUGAUUCUCCACGUCUUGGUGCUCAGACCAACGAAAACCAAGAACAAGCGAAGUUAUUGGUUCAAUCCGUUUAAGAUGGUUGGAAUCAGAUUAACAAGUGGAACAUUUUACCACCAGAUAAACCACAAAGUUUCUUCAGCUGAUUUGCUUUUAAACUACUUUUCUAGUGUUUAAAACCCGAUGUUAAACAUUCUCUGGUGAUUCUAUUUGCUUUAUACGAGUUAAGGAAAAAGUGCCUUUUUUUUUUUUCGCAUCUGUGAGGUUUUUUUUAUUAUAGAGGUCACGAAUGGUAGUGUUACUUAGAUGUUACUAGGUUAAGGUUUCUGUUUGAAAAUGUGAAGUUGGCCAGAUGUAAACACAUCAGUUAAUUUCACCACUGGACAAACAGCUGGAUUUAAAGCAGGCAGGUGUUUUUAUUUUCGCUUGGCUGUCAGUUUGAACAACAUUUCAGUGAUUAAUAUAA